AUGCAUCUAUUUUUUGUAAUUUUGUUGAUACUAUUUGAUCCUCUAGCGGCUGUUCGCCCUCAAGGAGUGGUUUUAAGGCAGCCCAAAUGCUGGUAUCCAGCCAAUCCAGGCCCCUGCCAGGAUAAUGUCAAAGUCUGGGGCUAUGAUUAUCUGACGAAUCGCUGCAUCUUCUUCUACUACGGAGGCUGUGGAGGAAAUCCAAAUCGUUUCUAUACCAAAGAAGAGUGCCUGAAUACUUGUCGGGUUCACAGAGAUCCUGACCGCAUCAAAAGAUCAGAUGAAGAGGAGGAUGACGUCGAGGAGUUUGAGGAAGAUAUAGACGACUGGGACAAGUGGGACAAAGAUGAAUUGUAAACCUGUUAUAAAGAGUAUACAGAUAUCGGCUAUAAAA